GAUUGUAAUGUAUCGGGGGUUCCAUACGCGGGACAGGAGUUGAAUCUUUUUGCAGACGAUGCCCUCUUGACUCUCACUAAUCCCCUGACGACGCUUCCAAAUUUGCAACAGGUUCUUGAGCGCUUCUCUUUGAUUUCGGGUCUCUGUAUCAAUUUGAAUAAGACUGUCGCGCUUAAUAUUACUUUGGCUUCAGAUCUGGUUUCGCGCCUACAGUCCCACUUCCCCAAUAAAUGGGCCUCUUCUUCUCUUGAAUACCUAGGCAUUCGCUUGACCCCCACCUAUGACUCACUGUUUGCUUCAAAUUACUAUCCAUUGCUUCGCUCUGUGUCCUCUCUUAUGCAUUCUUGGCAAUUUCCGCACCUGUCAUGGAUAGGACAGAUCAAUUCAGUGAAAAUGACCAUCUUGCAAUUGUUAUACUAUUUUCGCACCCUCCAGUGCGGGUUCCUCCAUUUCCUUCGGUUGCUUCAGGCGAAGAUUAUGCAUUUUAUCUGGGCCGAUAAAUGCCCCUGAGUUUCCAGAACUACGCUUUUUGUCCAUAGACUCCAGGGUGGCCUUGGGGUUCCCAAUGUAACUAAAUAUUAUCAGGCGAGCCAGAUCGCCCGCUAUCUAUGUUGUAUGUCUGAGGAAGCAUGCCUCUCUGGGUCCUGCUGGAAUUACCUAAUUGUGCCCCUAUUGCAAUUUCAACGCUUCUAUGGCUUCCCCCUGCCCUGCGCCCCACGGCACUGAGUCCAAUCUUGCUCGAUGGCUUAGUGUGGGACUCGGUACGUUACUCCAGUGGCCUAAUGUCACCUUUCUUGCCUUUGAUUACUAACAACCCCCUCUUUCCACCGGGUUUAGAUCAACCAAGGGCGUUUUCUUGGUGGGUGGCCAACGGUUUUUCACAAGUACGACACUUUUUGACCUCUCGGUCCUUCCCCACCUGGAAUUCUCUUCGGGAGUCACGGGAUGUCCCUUCGGAGGAAUUUUUUCGUUACCUUUAAUUGCGGCAUUGGCUGCUCUCAUUGUGGGGCACAUCUGUUUUCCCGUACCAGAAAUCUGCCUUUGAACUGCUUUGCCAACAGCGUCAGGGCGCCCCGGGCCUCAUCUCCCUUCUUUAUGCAGCCUUGAAUAGACGCUUGUCGCAUACUUCUCUUUCAUAUGUCGUUCAGUGGGAGUGUGACCUGGGAGUGGUUGUGGAUCCGGA